AUGGCUGAUAAAGAAUUCGGUAAGGAAAAUUGCAUUUUUUUAACAUUUCAAAACUUUCAAAACUUGAAAUGUUUUGAAAACUAUUAAAAAAAAUUUCAGCGCUGCUCUCCGUCUCGGAUAAGACUGGCUUGGUUGAGUUGGCUCAAGUCCUCCAAGCCGCAAAUCUCCAACUGGUCGCCUCGGGCGGGACUGCCAAACUUUUGAGAGAAAAUGGGCUGGAUGUGAAGUAAGUGGAGGCGUUUGUAAAGAUCAUUCGUGAUCUCAAAAUUGAACAGCCAGAUUUGCUUCAAAUUUUCAACGUAUUCACUGUCUAGUCUACGCAUAAAUUGCUGCAAAUUUUAGCUCUCAAUUUGCAAAAUGAGCUGAGAUAAUCAACUGUCUUGCAUACGAGAGGGUACAUAGAACGAGGAGGGUAAAGGAAAAAUUAUUUGGCCAUACCUUUCGGUCGGCCCAGCACUGGCCUUUUUCGAAAUCUUAAAAGCCUGGCGCGGCCCCUGAAAAACCUUUGCAUAAUUUUGAAUCACAAUUUUCCCGCCAUUUUGACAAUAUUUUGGGCCAUGCUUAUGCUUGGAAAAGACCAUUGAGAACCGGAAGAUUCGUUGAGAUACGGCCAAAAAGGGACGUUUAUCUUUUACCGCAUCUCUUGAUUUGUCAUCCUCUCUGCAAAGAUUGUUGAGUAUCUCAGAUGCUCCUGGAAAGCGAGAGCUAAAAUUGUGUGCUUUUGAAACAUAGCCUUUUCAGAGGUUAUGUUCGAAAUCUGAGGGAAACUUGAACGUCUGACCGAUGCGAGCUGAGCAUAGGCAUUUAUAAGCUAUAAGGAUUUAUAAACAUCUUUUCCAGAGAUGUCUCCGACAUCACGCAGUUCAAUGAGAUGUUGGGAGGCCGCGUUAAGACGCUCCAUCCCGCGGUUCAUGCGGGAAUCCUGGCCAGAGACACUGCUAGCGAUGUGGCUGACCUUAAAGUAAAUACUGUUUAUUUAUACAGUGGGAGACCUGAUGAGGCGAAAAACGUACCAUUUUGCAUCCGGGAAGUAUUAAAAAUGUGGCAAAAUGCUUCGCUCGUUAAGUGAAAAAAACUUUGUUUUGAACGGCUCCCUCACAAAAAGAGUGGGCGCGCUUUUGAAAUUUGAGUUUUUUUCACUUGAAAAGGGAGGUAUUUUGCCACACAUUUUGAUACUUCCUGGACGGAAAAUGGCACGUUUUUUGCCACUGCAUCAGGCCCCCCACUGUAAAUACCUCUCCACAAAAAAAGCACCAUGCAUACCCUCUAAAUGAGCUUUUCAGGCCAACAAUUUCAACUUUUGCCAAGUUGUGGUCUGCAAUUUGUACCCAUUUGAUGCCACGAUUCAAAAGCCCGAUUGCACGUUGUCGGACGCCAUUGAAAACAUUGAUAUUGGUGGUGUGACGUUGUUGAGGGCGGCUGGAAAGAACCAUGAGAGAGUGACGGUGCUCACGGAUCCCGCCGAUUAUCCACAGUUCAUUGAGGAGGUGAGGGUUUUGGAAGGCGUUUUUCUUGAGUAAAAGGGAGUCGAAUGGCUUCAAACUUUUGAAUAGACAAAGUAGAUGAGUUGUAGAUUUGACAUAAAAAUUUUGAGAUCUAAAAAAAUAGAUUUAGUCGACUAAUAUGGUGAUAUUAUACUAAGUAUCCCUAGUACAACAUCCCCUUUCAAUCCUUUUCGAUUUUCCUCAAAUUUUGCAUACAAUCUCUACAUAAGUCAGUAAUAAGUUCUUGAAAAUUUCGCUCCACUAAAUGCACCUGCAGCGGAGAUAUGGAACGAUAUUUUUCCGAGAGAACACACAAAAUGAGGAGAUUCGGCUAGACAAAGAAACGCUUUUUGACGACAACUUUUUGAAUUUUUUAUGGAAAAACUGAUUUUUUCAAGCAGAAAACUGGGAAAAUUUUGCCGAUUUGUGUUCAAAAAUGCGAAUUUUUAGCCAAAAUUUGGGCGUAGAAAACUCGAAAUCAAAAAUUUUUCCCGGCAGUAAUUCCCUGACUAACAGGGGAAGUGCUCCAAGCACGACGCUCAGAUUUUCUUUAAAUUUUGCACACACGUCGGGUAUGGACUAAAUAUCAAUUCCUGAAAGUUUUAGCUCGCGCUUUGCGGGCGCCGCCGAGAUAUCGAACGAUUUUUGCCGCAGAGAGAGCACUCUAAACGUGGAGAGCGGUCAGAGAGAAAAUGGCGCUUUUUGGCCAUAACAUUGGCAGUUUCGUGCGGAAAAAAUUGAUUUUUUGUAGAAACAUUAUCCUUUACGGUAGAAAUAGGCAUGAAACCUUUCGUGCCGAAAUUCGGCAAAAAGUCCUAAAUUUUGGCCGACUUUCGAUCUAAAAAUCUCGGUUGUUUCUGCAAAGCGCGAGCUAGGGUUCUCGCCUAUAUCUUAGAAAAAAUUAUUCUAUAUUUGUGCCAAGUUUCAUCAAAAUCUGAGCGUCGCACUUGGGGUACUUCCCCUGUAAAUGCGGUCUCUAUUUUCAUUCCAAAAGUUUGCAAUUUCUUUCCGGUUUUGUGCGUUUAUUUCGUGAGGCGACAGUGAGAGUUUUAGGCAUGCAUGACAUUGUUUGCAAUUCAAUUUUUUUCUUUUUUUAUUGUACUGGAUAUUAGACAAAACGAAGCGUCUUUUUUUACGUAAACUUUUUUUUUCUUUUUGAAAAAUUUUUUUUUCGAAUUUUUUUAUUUUUUUGUUUUUUUUUCAUUUUUUAUUUUGCAAAACUUUUGCAAGAACCCUUCCAAACGACUUCCAAAAUGUUUCAAGUCUGCAGAUAUUUAGGAACCAAAUUUAUGAUCAAAACAACUGCAAUGCCCGAAGCGGCGUGGACGUGGAAUCGGUCCCCUGAGGCGUUAUAGUGUUCCGCGUAGAAAAAGGCGCGCCUUUUGAUGGGAUUUCUCGGCCACCAAAAGUUUAAAACCUCCGCUGUUGGGGUUGUUACGGCUCUCUUAUCUUGUAGACAAUCAAAAAAAGGUUUUGUUUUUGGCCUUGUCUAGCUUUGUUUUUUUGAUAUUUUUUUAAAAAAAUUAAAAAUUUUUUAUUUUUCAGUUCAAGAAGAACAACGGAAAAGUGUCGCAGGAGACCAGAGAGAAAUUGGCGCUAAAAGUAAGUCACUUUUAUUCUUAUUUUUGGACAGAAAAAUCCCCGAAAAUGGCGUUUUUUGCCGAAAAAAUAUAAAAAGUCAUCAAAAAAUGGAGGUGUUAAAAAAAAAAAAUAAAAAUUUCUCAAAACCCGAUCGACCGAUUUCGCUCAAAUUUUGCACAAAAAUUAUAUACACUUUACUUAAUAAUCCCUGAAAAUUUCAACUCUGACUUUGCAAGAAGAGCCGAGAUAUUCAACGAUCAGGUGAGAGAGUAUGCGAAAUGAGGAGAACGGUCAGAAAAGUUUUUUUGGCUAUUACUUUUUGAAUUUUCUUCAAAAAAAUCGGUUUUUUAGUGGAAAUAUUGCAUCCCUUUUCCAAAUAAAGGUUGAAAAUUUCGAGCUAAAAGCUAAAAAAAAUUUUGAAAUUUUUUGAUUUUUCGACCAAAAAAUUGAAAAAUUUUGGUCGAUUUAGCCGACUAAAACUCUCAAAUAUGCUUUCAGAAAUUACAGUCUUGUUUUUUUUCUACAUUGCAACGAGCUAUACUCCCAAAAAAAUUUUGAUAUUUUUAUAUUUUUCGACCAGAAAAUUGAAAAAUUUUGGUCGAUUUAGCCGUCUAAAACUCUGAAAUAUGCUUUCAAAAAUCCUAGUAAAUCCUACCCUUAUUGUUUUCUAAAUUUCAUCGAAUUUUUUCUAAAUUAUAACCCCGAAAAAGUCAUCAAAACGAUCUCUGCUCCAAAUUUCUAUAAAAAUAACGCAAUUCGCGGAAGGGUCAGAGCCCGAAAAAACAAUGACAAGUUUGGUUUUGGAAACAAAAAAAAUGUAUUAUAUCGGAAUGUCAUCCGAUUUUGAAGAGCGUCGAAGUUCUUCAAAAUUUGUUUCCGCUUUGACGGGGUGGGCAUGUUCGGACAAGUCAAGUUUGACCCCCAUGGGUCAAGUUUUUCCCUCUCGAAAUCUGGGCAAGUACUCCAAGUGUGACGCACGGACUUUGAUGAAACUUGGCAUAAAUUUAGAAUUAUGUUUUCUACGACAUAUAUAUAUAUAUAUAUAUCUUACAAGGAAAGUACUUUUAUGGGGGCUCCUACUUUUUGACGGGACAUAUCUCAAAAAAUCAGAAAAAAUGUGCUGAUCAAGGAUAUAUAAAUCUUAGCUGCCCAUUUUAGGUUUUUAGGGGUGAAAAUGCCCAAAAACUGGCUUAAUUUCCCUACAAAAGGCGCAGGCAUUCGAAACGAUAAAAAGCGCAGUCGGUCUCUUCCUUCGGAAGAGAGUGGUGUGGCCGAGUGGUUAGUGCCGUAGUCUGGGAAUCAAGAGGGAACGCCGCACGGGUUCGAUUUCCCUUUUGGGCUGGUUCAACUUUUUUUGAUGAUGAAGGUUGGAAAAAUAAAUUUUUGUGCCAAGACUGAUUUAUAACGUCUUAGAAACUCAAUAAACAUCAUUUUAAGCCAAAAUAAAAAUUGUAAACCUGUGAAAAAUUAAGCAAAAAGGGGUUCAUAUAGGACUUUAAGUCAACUUCCGAUUGAGUUUUCACCCGUAAAAACCUAAAAUGGGCAGCUAGGAUUUACAUAUCCUUGAUCAGCACAUUUUUUCUGAUUUUUUGAGAUAUGUCCCGUCAAAAAGUAGGAGCCCCCAUAAAAGUACUUUCCUUGUUAGAAAAAAUUGUUCUAAAUUUAUGCCAAGUUUCAUCAAAUCUAAGCGUCGCACUUGGACAACUUCCCUUGUGAGUUUUGAAAUUUUCAUUCUUUGAAAACGUCCUAGCCGUGUGCCAAGGAACUCAUCAAGACCAAAAGUUCUUUUUAUCUUCUUGAUGUAAUCUUGCAAUAUUUGCGAGUGAUUUUUCUCGAAUUUCGCCACUCUUUUUCAUUCCAAAAAGUGCACAGUAUGCAAAAACAAAGCAAACUUUUGUUUUCGCGCAGUGCAAGUGCCAAAAAUCAGUCCGCCGACUUUCCGGAAGGACCCGUAGAACUCCGCUUCUAAACGUAUUUCCCCUCCAAGAACUUCAUUUCUAACCCCAUUCAGCGUUGUUUCCAAGUUUUUUAAUCUUUGGUUCUAAUCAAAAUUUGGCACGGUUCCCUUCAGAGCACUCACUCUGUAUUCUCUUCUACUUUUUUUGGGCCGUCGAAUUAUAAGCGAUGAGUGAGCGGAUUCGGCGAAAAAAGGUGGGCAAAACGUUUUGUUCAGAGAACAAAUUUUGAGAGUGAAAAAUUGAAAAAAAUUAUUUCGAAAAAGUUGGUCUAUUAGACUAGAAAUUCUUGUCUAGCGUUGUAACGGAGGUGUCAGAGCCUCAGAGACUAUAGGUAAGUGGCUGGGAUAAAAGUGGAGGAUAAUGGCCGGUAGAUUUGAGAGAUUUGAGAGGACGGAGAACUUCCGGGGGCUUCUGAUAUUGAUGAGACUUUUUUAAUUUUUUGACAACUUGUUUUACUGACAGGGGAAGUCUCCCCAAGUGCGACGCUCAGAUUUUGACGAAACUUGGCACAAAUUUAGAAUAAUUUUUUUUUAAGAUAUAUGCAAGAAUCCCAGCUCGCGCUUUGCAGAACAACCGAGAUUUUUAGUUCAAAUGUUGGCGAAAAUUUGACACUUUUUGUCGAAUUUCGGCACGAAAAGUUGUAUGCCUAUUUCUACCGUAAAGGGUAAUGUUUCCACAAAAAAUCACACAAGUUACAAAGUUAUGGCCAAAAGGCGUUUUUAUCUCUGACCGCUCUCCGGGUUUAUCGUACUCUCUCGGUGGCAAAGAUCGUUCAAUAUCUCGGUGGCGUUUGCAAAGCGCGGGCUAAAACUUUCAAAAAUUGAUAUCUAAUCUAUGCCCGAUGUGUGUACAAAUUUUAAUGAAAAUCUGAGCGUCGCACUUGGGGUGCUUCCCUUGUGAGUAGGCAAUUUACAAGGCGCUACACUCAACAAUUUUUUUCUGAUUUUUUGUAGCUAUAUAUGCAAUAUCAUCAUUCUUUCACGCAUUGUGAAACACCCGAAAUGUCGAAACGAAAAUUUACGACUUGUAUGACAAAUGGUUUUUCGGUCGGUUCUAAUUUAUGGACAAACAUUCAGCGGCGCGUGAAUGUGAUGCUCACCCUCAAAACUCAAUGAAAAAUAUUCGAAAUUGGACUUCAGGAAGUCCGAAAGUCCAGUCUUUGGAUGGCGUUGUUACCUGGGAACUUUACGGUUCUUUGAACUCGAGUUUCUCGUGGGACGGUCGAUCUUUUCGGGGAUAAAAUUUAAAAAAAUCAAAAAAAAAUUUGAAAAAAUUUAAAUUUUUUCGUCGUAUAACAUGUCACAUGCUAUUUUUUUAUAAGGAAAAAAUUUCCAUUUUUUGGGGGACUCUUCGGACUUUCGUGAAAACGAAAAAGGGGCCUCUUCGGCUUUCUUAGGGGGCCUCUUCGGACUUUUCACGAAAAUGAAAAAGGGUCUCUUCGGUUUUUUAGGGGACCUUUUCGUAUGGGGGCCUCUUUAGAUUUUUUUGAUAAUGAAAAAUGGGGUCUCUUCGGCUUUUCCGAGGACCUCUUCUUUUGAAAGGGGCUUCUUCGGCAGAGGUUCCUCUUCGUCUAGGGGGCUGCUUCUUGCAGAUGGGCCUCUUCAACAGCACCGCUACCUCAGACGCACCUCGUUUGUCCCAACUUUUCCCAUCCGCGAGUGAUGUGUACCGCCCUUAAUUUUGUUGUUUAUUUGCCGCUUGUCAAAUCCGCUCGAAGUUGGGGUUCCGAACCGAACCCAAUGAAGAGUGCAUCGGGCGGCGAAACCGCAUUUUGAGGACCUUUUAAAACGACUUUUCCCGGCGGUGACAAAAACUCCCCCCAGCCCCGCCGAAUGUGGCAAAAUUGGGGCCCAAAAAGGGGGAAGAGUUGGGGCGAAUGAAGCCGCGGGCAGAGAACGGUUCCGAACUUAUUUUCACGGUUUCACGUGUUUGGAGCCGGGCCUCCCGACGAGAUUUCGAAGCCGCGGUGCGCAUUGUUCGCUGAGGAGGGGGGUUGGGCGAGGACAAAGAAGAUCGGAUUAGAAGCGGGGAUUACGGUAGUCUUGGGUGGUGAAUGGGAUGUAGUUCUGAUUUAAUGGGGUUACUCGCCGGAUAACUUGUCUGGACCCCGGUUUUUGGGCGUGUAUACAUGUUGAUUAGUGUCUAGGAUUGUGUAGGGACCACAGGGAUGAGAUUACUUUGAUUAGAAAGGAGUAGGGCGGGUUUGUUCAGCGACGUCUUUUGAAGUCAAGAUUUGGCCAUGUAGUCUACAAAAGUGAUGUUUAUAGACACCCUGAAGAUCUGUUGGGAGUAAGAUGUUAGACAUAGGAAAUUAGGGUCCCUGAGGGUCCUAAAAAUAUAACGUUUGUUAAUUUUGAUUAAUUUUUUUCGGGGUUAUUAGGAAAAGAAGAUCUGCGUGUCCUUCCGACUGGCCCAGUGUAAGAUGUUGGCUAAAUACGACCUUUGAGGGAACUUUCAGACUAUGCAAACUUCCCAGACAUUUAGAAUAUUGAUUUCUUAGGGAUAUACCAGAUUUUUUACUAGCUGUUUACGAAAAAAAUUGCGAUUUUUUGGUCAAAAGACUGCCUGGUGACUCUCCCCAUUUGUUGUGCUCCCUCGGGAAAAGAUUGCGUAAUAUCUCAGCUCCCACUAGAAAGCAAGAGCUAAGAUUUUCAACAUUUAAGGUACAGUCUAUAAAGAGUAUACAGAGUAAAUUUCAAGGCAAUCGAACCGACCGGCUUGGUGUUACAUCCAUUUUAUGACGAAUAACCGGAGGUUUUUUUCUUCGGGGUUUUUUCUCAAAAAACUUUUCUUAUUACGGUAGAAUCGCAUAGAUACUGUAAAGAUUGUAUAAUACUGUAAUGUACAAACCGCCGAGCCGACUAUUUUUUUGGACUUUUACUCGAUACUUGUUAGUUUUGUUUUUUUUUUGUCACGAGUUUUUCGCACUUUUCCGCUCUUCAUUUCGAAUACGUCCACUACUUUUUAUGGGCAUGAAAAUUGAAUGGAAAAUGAAGUUUGGUUGAGUUGGCUGCCUAAACGACACUAAUCGGGCUUUGGUUCGACAGCAACUGAGGAGAUAUAUCAAAUCUACUACAAUAUAAAAUUUCGGCCAAUCUUCGACAAAAACAGGAUUUUUUGGAAAAUUUACCGGUCGAUAAUUAAAAUCUCCGCUGGCAGCAGGAUCAACAAAGAGCUGAGAGGAAUUUGCAACAAAUUUUCAACGGAAUCUCAACGGAUUUUCAUCUCAUUUCAAGGCUUUUUGAGCAGAUAUCUGAUAUUUUGGCCGGUCUGAAAGAAACGAUUUUUUUGGAAAAUUUACCGGUCGAUAGUUGGGACUGCCGUUGGCAAAAGGAGAAGUGAGGACCUGAGAGCUAUUUGCAACAAAUUUUCAACGGAAUCUCAACGGAGUUCCAACGGAUUUCAACGUUUUUCGAGCAAGGCCCCUUAGUCAUCGUAAAAUCCAAAUAAAAAGCCUAAAAUACGGUUUGUAGCCCGACUUCUACCACUCGCGACAUCUUGAAAAUGUCGCGGAUAUCUUCGAUGGCCCGCUUCCGUCGGGCCGUCGCCGAGACCGAGGACGACAACGGCCGAAAAGAGGCGAUAAAGGAGCUCCAAAUGGACCUGAUCGACCCGCUGCGGCGGCGCUCGCGGUCCGGCUCACGGCUCUUGGACACGAUUCAGACCCAAUUGGCGCGACGAACGAGUAUUUUCACACGGAUUGUUAUUAACGGGGUAAUUCGAGGGGCCGAACUGGAGAUGUUGGACUUGAUUUUUUGCGAAAAAAAUCGAAUUUUUUUUAAAAACUGCUAAAAAUUUCAAAAUUUUCAAAUUUUUCAAAUUGAAAAAAAAAAUUUUUUUGCAAUUCAAGUCCAAUAUCACCAAAUUUGGCCAAAAAAUAUUUGUCAUGAAACAAAAAAAAGAAAAGAAUUUGUUUACCGAACAAAUUUUCCUCAAGCCCUUAGGGCAUCUUAAUCCGAUUUUCCCAAAAACUCCUGCAAGUUUCAAUUUCGAAUUUUUCGGCCGCCGACGGCCGAAAAAGUUCGGGUGUUCUAUAAAUAACAGACGUAGAAAAUCUGAAGUAAUUGACGUAGAUCGGGAAUUCGUCUUGUAAUUUGAUUUUUUGAGAGAAAAAUGGGAUUUUUUGAGGGAAAAAUCGAAAAAAUCAAAAAAAUUUUAAAAAAUAUGAAAAAUAAAAAAAUUUUUUUUUGGUUUUAAAAAUCAGUGUUAAUCAUUUUUAAGGCGGAAAAAAAAUGAUUUUAAAGCAAAAAAAAUCAGAAAAACCGAAAAAAUCAAAAUUUUAAAAUUCAAAUUUUUAUGCAAAUUUUUCCUUCCAGGUAUUCGAGCACACGUCCUCAUACGACGAGUCGAUCAGCGGUUAUAUGCGACGCCAGUUCGGCGACAAUGGCGAGCGCUUCAUUCCACUCCGCUACGGGACCAACCCACACCAGAAGGGCAACGCCGAACUCUACUCCCUCCAGCAGGACAUGCCUAUCAAAGGUGAGGGAAAACCAAGCUUUUUUAUGGGGUUUUUAACUAUUUUUUAGGUUAUUGAAAGGUUUUAGAGGAAAAAAAUCAAUUUUUUUAUAUUUUUAAGCAUUUUUAUGGGAAUUUUAACUGUUUUUUAGGCUUAUUGAAGUUUUUAGAGGAUAAAAAAUCAAUUUUUUCUAUUAUUUUUUUUUUUUGUGAAAUUUACCUCACAAAAAUUCAUAAAAUUCGGGCCAAACUUACAGGGGAAGUACUCCAAGUGCGACGCUCAGAUUUCCUUAAAACUUUGCACACACGUCAGGCACCAACUAAAUAUCAAUUCCUGAAAGUUUUAGCUCGCGCUUUGCCGGCGCCGCCGAGAUAUCGAACGAUUUUUGCCGCCGAGAGAGCACGCUAAACGUGGAGAGCGGUCAGAGAGAAAAGCGCUUUUUGGCCAUAACUUUGGCAGUUUCGAGCGGAAAAAUUUGAUUUUUUGUAGAAAAAUUAUCCUUUACGGUAGAAAUCGGUAAGCAACUUUUUGUGCCGAAAUUCGGCAAAAAGUCCAAAAUUUUGGCAGACUUUCGAUCUAAAAAUCUCGGUUGUUUCUGCAAAGCGCGAGCUAGGAUUCUCGCAUAUAUCUUAGAAAAAAUUGCUCUAAAUUUGUGCCAAGUUUCAUCAAAAUCUGAGCGUCGCACUUGGAGUACUUCCCCUGUUUGAUCGGGAUUUUCCAAGGCAUAUGCGGGAUUUUUAGCAAUUUUUAAUACAAAAAAUAUCAAAAUUUUUUAAAAAUUUUUCCGUUCAAAAUUGAACUACAGCAAAAAAAUUUUUUCUCUCCUCUCCUUAUUUUCCACACUCUCUCAAGGGCUUUUUCAACAUUUAUUUUUUCCAAAAAUACCCAGAUUUUUUUAAAAUUCUAGGCUUUUUGAAUAGCAUUUUUUAUCUUUAUUUUUAUCAUUCCCUGCCAAUUUUUUCCUCUCUUUUGAUUACCGAAUUUUCCGCCCGAUUUCCCAAAAUUGUUUGCCCGAAUUUGCGGGCAAACUUUGGUCAGAAGCGGGGCUUCGUUUUUUGGUAAAUCCAAUUUGAGCCGGUUCAUUAAACUUUGUCCCCAUAAAACGUCUGCAUUCCCCCCAAAUCUCAUGCCCGCUUUAUGCGGCCGUAAAGUUGGCGGACGUCAGAAGCGCGAAAGUGCGCGGGAUACGAACCGGAUGUACGGAUUUUUUGGAAAAAAUAUGGAAAAAAUUAGAAUACAGUAAUGAUUACAUAUAAAAAUUUGAAUGAAAAUUCAAAUUUUCAUUCAAAAAUUUCAAAAAUCCAAAAAUUAAAAAAAUUUUUUUUUGGUGCAAAAAAUUGGGUAUUAUGUUUGUUAUAGAGAAUACAACAUUCUCGAGAAAAAAUUAUUUUUUCCCGAGCAAAACUGGCGAAGUUAUGGGCAAAAUUUUUUUCUCUGACCUUUUCGCACCUAUCCGCAAAGAUCGUUGAAUAUCUCAGCUCUCUCUGCAAAGAGCGAGAUAAAAUUUUUCAUAGUUAAUAUAUAGCCUAUACAGAAUGUACAUACAAAAUUUCAAGUCAAUACCACCUUUACCGUUCAUGUAAUUGCCCUUUAAAUCUAACCUUUCAGUGCUAAACGGCGCUCCCGGAUACAUCAACAUUUUGGAUGGGCUGAACGCAUGGCAGCUGGUCAGCGAGUUGGCGGUGGCCACGCAGAUGCCCUCCGCCGCCUCCUUCAAGCACGUGUCGCCCGCCGGAGCCGCGGUGGGACUGCCGUUGAGCGACGCCGAAGCGCAAGCAUUCUUCGUGGCGGACUUGAACUUGGACUCCAAGAAACCGUCGCUCGCGGCGGCUUAUGCGAGGGCUAGAGGUAAGUUCUUCCGUUCUAAUUGGGACUAGGAUUCCUCGUUUUAUUUUCCAAUCUUUCAGUUCGAAUACUCUUUGAUUUUCUCUAAUUUUUUAAAUUUAUAUUAUUUUAACCCAUUGAUGUCUCUAAAACAAGUUUUUCCUCGAUUUUCCCGACUUUAAGUUUGUGUAUUUCUAACCCUUGUGUUGUGUUCAGAGCAGGAAUGGAUAAUGUGUCGGAAAGUGGACCGAAAAAUCGCUCAAAUUCUGGGUGAGAGCCGGUAAAGUCCACAAAAAAGUCACUGCUUUAUGCCACAUCAAGUUUAGCACCUCAAUUUGAGAAAGCAAACUAGUAGCACAAUAAACUUACAAGGGAGGGGAAUAAUAAGAUUUCUCUGGUCCUAAUGUAGCUUGUCACCUAUUUUGAGGCAUUUUACAUGUACUCACAUCAAUAAUAUCUAGGUAAAAGUUACGGAUCAUCGUUUUUUGUCGCAAAUUUUAAUCUUAUAUGUAUAUGCUGCAAUAACCUAGGGUAAAGAAAACUAACGUUAGUAAUAGCUAAAUUAGAAAGAGUGGCCGUAUUGUAAGCCUUCGCCAAGUGUCCGCCUAGCCUUCGCCGAGCAUCAUUUUCAUUUAGCGGCUUUUCCAAAAAAAAACACUUUUUUCUUAGGCAACCAUAUAUUUUUAGGCCAAAAAACCUCAAAAAAGCACAAAUUUCUUCUGCAAUUUUUUUGCGUUUUGGAGAAUUAGGCAAUGUUUGUAAAGAGUCCAAUAUUCCGUCAAAAAAUCAGCCUUUUCCCAGAAAACCUCGCAAAGAUAUGGGGUUUUAACUUUUUGACCUUUUGUUAGAAAAGACCGUUGAAUAAUUUGUUCGCCUCUGUAAAGCGCGAGAUAAAAUUUACAAAAAAAUUAUUUAGAUCACACAAAAAAACAUGUGCCAAAUUUGAAAAAGAUCUGACUUUGAUGCGUCGAGCAUAUUUCAUUUCGAAAAAAGUGCUUGAAAGAAUUCGUUAGUACGCUCACCUCACGGCUUUUGUCUUUUUUUAUCGUUCUAGUUCAGCAGAGUCUCUGUACAACGUAUUCUGCGUAUAAAUCAAAGUUUUAGCAGCUUCAAGGGUCAAUUAAAGGCUAAAAUGAGCCAUCGUGAUCGUACGAUGCAUCGUACAACGAAGCCCCUUUGUAACGAAAAAAUUUUGUGGUCCCUUCGCGAUUCGUUGUACAGAGGUUUACUGUAUGUGGUUCUUGUCGAUUUUCCGUGUUGUCCAUGAUCUACCGGCUUUACUGGUCGAUGUAAUACUGUUUUUCUGACUGUCGCUUAGUUUUUGACUUUGCUUUUCCGUAACCAAUCACUUGAGUUGCUCUAAACCCCCGUUUUCAUCGCGAAUCCCGCUUCAGGAGCCGAUCGUAUGUCCUCCUUCGGCGACUUCGUCGCGCUCUCGGACAAGUGCGACGAACUGACCGCGAAGAUCAUCAGUCGCGAGGUGUCGGACGGCGUGAUCGCCCCCGACUUUGACGAGGCCGCGCUGGACUUGUUGGCCAAGAAGAAGACGGGAAAUUACACAAUCCUGAAGAUUGACCCCAGGUAUUUGCCGGGCGAGGACGAAAUCCGCACAGUUUUUGGCUUGAAGUUGAAGCAGAAGAGGAAUGCGGCGCUCAUUGCACCGGAGACCUUCACCAACAUCGUGUCGGAGAACAAAGAGGUGAGUUUUAUCGUUUAUCUUGUACAAGGUCGAGCGGCUAGACCGGGAUGACUUCUUUGGCCAAUAAGUUGACAACUUGUGAAUCAAAAUUUACAAAAAUUAAAUAAUUGGAAACCUCAAGGACCCCAUUUUUCGGUAUAUACAUUGUGCUGACUGAAAAUGCCCUUAGGUCAAGUUUUAGCCGGUUUUUUAUUUCUAUUUCAUUUUGGCCGGCGGAAGUUUUCUUUGGUCAAUAGCUCGGAAAAUAACGGCUGAAAAUGUAUAAAAAUUAUUUUAUUGGGGCCCACAGGGACCCUAUUAUUCGACAAGCACCUCAGUUUUACUUAAAUGCCCUUAGGCAAUCUGUACAAUUAGUUUUAUUGAGCCCACUCCAAACGAAUCGACAGUAACUCAGGGCUGAAAAUUAAGAAAAAUUAAUGAAAAAAAUGCGAUUUUAUGUAAGCCCUGAGGGGAUAUUGCCACAAACCUUUGCAGUCCACUACAAUAGAGUCCCUGUAGGUUUUGCAAAUCUAAGUUUUGUCAAUUUUGAUCCGAAAUUUCCCUAGCUAUUGGCAAAAUAACUCGUCAGGGUCUAAACGAACCCUCCUGCAAGCUAAUUAAUCAAAUUUUAGCUCCCCAAAUCCGCCGUGGACGAUCUUCUCGUAGCCACAAUUGCCGUCAAAUACACUCAAUCCAACAGCGUGUGUUUCGCCUAUCACGGUCAAGUGAUUGGGAUCGGGGCGGGCCAACAAAGUCGGAUCCAUUGUACUCGGCUGGCCGGCGAGAAGGCCGCGAACUGGUAG